AUGAAAGUGCAAGAAGUCGGACUUUUGCCAGGAGAGACCACUAGGAUUACUUUGACUGUUGAGGAUCGCACGCGCAAGAAACGAUGGCAGCGCAAAAAGGGGCAGCAUGAAUGUGUACUGAUAUCGCUCUGUCAACAGCUUGAUUUUGUCUCUACAAACCGAUACGAAACUGAGUUGAUGGAUAGGAAGAGUGUGACCAUAGCUGUAGAAUCUCAUGGAACGUGCAAGGCCAGUCCCGGAUCCGGUCCAGAGACGAAAGAAAUAGAAUUUUCUGUGCCUUCAGAUUUGCCUCCAACAUCAAUCCAUGCUGAUCGACUUGUAACAAUUAGUUACUUUUUUAAGCUGGAUCUCGAACAUUUCGAUAUUGUUGUUCCUGUGAUUAUUGGCACAUCGAAAACGCCUGGGAAAAUUGACUGA